GCGCCUGCGCGCCCGCAUCAUCACCACACGUGACGUCAGAGAGCAGCAUGGCGGCCAAGGUGCAGUCAACCAAAAGGGCCGACCCCAAUGAGCUGAAGGUCAUCUUUCAAAAGUAUGCCAGUGUACAGGAGAAGGAUGGAGAGCGGUACAUGACACCCACUGAUUUUGUGCAGCGCUAUUUGGGUCUCCACACCCAGCUUCACUACAACCCUAAAACCGUUCAGCUGCUCGCCGGAGUCGCGGACACCACCAAAGAUGGGCUAAUCUCGUUCCAAGAGUUUCUGGCUUUUGAAUCAGUGCUUUGUAUGCCAGAUGCCCUCUUCAUUGUGGCUUUCCAGCUGUUUGACAAGACUGGCACAGGAGACGUGUCCUUUGAGAAUGUGCGUGACAUCUUCAGUCAGACAACCGUGCACCAUCACAUCCCCUUCAACUGGGAAUGCGAGUUCAUCCGUUUGCAUUUUGGAAAUGACAAAAAAAAACGCUUCAGCUACCUGGAGUUCACCCAGUUCCUACAGGAGUUGCAGCUGGAACAUGCCCGGCAGGCCUUCGCACAGAAAGACAAGGUCAAGAGCGGCGUCAUUUCAUCCCUGGACUUCAGUGAUAUCAUGUCCACCAUCAGACACCACAUGCUCACACCCUUCGUGGAGGAAAACCUUGUCUCUGCGGCAGGGGGCGGCACCUCUCACAUGGUAAGCUUCUCCUUCUUCAACGCCUUUAACUCUCUCCUAAACAACAUGGAACUGAUCCGGAAAAUCUAUAGCACUCUCGCUGGGACUCGGAAGGAUAUGCUGGUUACUAAAGAGGAAUUUGUUAACGCUGCUAAUAAGUUUGGUCAGAUCAAUCCAAUGGAAAUCGACAUCCUCUUCCAACUGUCAGCACUGCACUCCCAAACUGGACGGUUAAACCUGGCUGAUAUUGAGAGGAUAGCACCACUGGAGGAAGGCUCUCUACCAUAUAACCUAGCUGAACUGCAGAGACAGCAUUCCCCUGGGGACGGAUCUCGGCCCGUGUGGCUACAGGCAGCGGAGUCAGCAUACAGGUUUUCCCUGGGCGCUAUCGCCGGAGCUACGGGUGCCACAGCUGUAUACCCCAUAGACCUGGUCAAAACCCGUAUGCAGAACCAGCGCUCCACCGGCUCCUUCGUGGGAGAGCUGAUGUACAAGAACAGCUUUGACUGCGCAAAGAAGGUCCUGCGCUACGAGGGGUUCUUCGGCUUUUACAGAGGACUCUUACCUCAGCUUAUCGGAGUGGCUCCGGAGAAAGCCAUCAAGCUCACCGUCAAUGACUUUAUGAGAGACAAGUUCACCACGAAAGAUAACACGAUACCAUUUGCUGCCGAGAUUCUCGCCGGUGGAUGUGCCGGUGGCUCGCAGGUCAUUUUCACCAACCCUCUGGAAAUCGUUAAGAUUCGUCUUCAGGUUGCUGGUGAGAUCACCACCGGGCCAAGAGUGAGCGCGCUCAAUGUGGUCCGAGAACUUGGCUUCUUUGGCCUCUACAAGGGUGCCAAGGCUUGUUUCCUGCGUGAUAUUCCUUUCUCUGCCAUCUAUUUCCCCGUGUAUGCUCAUACAAAAUCAUGGAUGACUGAUGAAGAUGGACGUCUGGGACCUUUGCAGCUCUUGACUGCUGGAGCCAUUGCAGGUAUCCCAGCCGCUUCACUCGUCACACCUGCUGAUGUCAUCAAAACACGACUGCAGGUGGCUGCCCGUGCUGGUCAGACAACUUAUUCUGGAGUGAUUGACUGCUUUAGAAAGAUCUUAAAGGAGGAAGGCUUCCGGGCAUUGUGGAAAGGAGCUGGAGCUCGUGUGUUCAGGUCUUCUCCUCAGUUUGGUGUGACCCUGGUGACCUAUGAGCUCCUACAGCGAUGGUUCUACGUCGACUUUGGAGGACAUCGGCCAACUGGCUCUGUACCAACCCCGAAAUCACGGAUCUCUGAGCUUCCUCCUAUGAGUCCUGAGCACAUUGGUGGAUAUCGUCUGGCAGCUGCUACUUUCGCUGGGGUGGAGAACAAGUUCGGACUGCACCUGCCCAAGUUCAAAUCCUCUGGGGUCGUGACCAUUCAUGCCCAAUCGCCCAACGAUCAAGCAGCGUCGUCCUAAAAACAUGUCCCGCCCAAUCCUGGCCUCGUCCUCCAAUGGCUGCAUGCCUCCCUCCCAGUCUUGCCGACAUCCUUUUCAGUCUUUUUUUUUAUUUAAUUAGUUUCUUUCAGAUUUAAGGUGGGGGAUGUGGAAGUUUAAGUUUGUUGGUUUUAUCGUCAUCAGUGCCUCUUAUUUAAUGAAGUCCACUGGUUCAAGGUCAUAUUGUGUUCGCAAAAGCACAGGGUAGCCAUUAACUUUGCCACACGGAUCAAGACCUAAAGCAACAGAUACAGAGAAAUAUCUAACAAGGGCUCCAGAUAUCUCUUUCAGCUACUUGCUGAUACUGAACCUGCGACUGUGUGGUUGUGACGAAAGAAACGCCUUCCCGAGAGGAAACCGGAACACACAUUCAUGCUUUUAAGUUCCCCAUCCCUAAAACACUCACACUGGGUUUUAUUUGAAUUAUAGCUGAUAUUGAUGUGACUGAAGCAUGUAGCUGUAGCGCUCUUCGUUUGCUUCUUUGGCUUUGCGUAGCUUGCACAUGUACUGUAUAUACGUGUACAUCUCAUGCACAGAGAUAUGGAGGAGAGACACAUUUCUCUGCAUCACUCCGAUGUACAAAGGUUUCGGAACUUGAUCUGUCGAUCAAAGAAAUCAUCGUUUGAUUUGAAAUGUAGAAAAUAUUUAAAUCCAUUUCAUUCUUGUAUUUUAUGGAAAUAAAUCAACGCAGUUCAAUUUUA